AUGACGGACAUCUUGACUUUGAUUACGUCUGCACUUGCAGUCCUUCUGGCUCUGAGGCCAGGGGUCACGCGAGGUCAGUCUUCUAUAGGGUUUAGGGUGGACCCAAGUGAAGGCAGUCUGCGAGUUGUCACUCCCAACACAAACCUGUCAAUCACCUGUUUCUGGGACACGGAGGAAUUUGUGAAUGUCAGCGGUGUCGUGGACACCAACACCAUCCUGGUCCCACUAUCUGUGUCACAGGCCAACAGAUCGACUCGCGGAUCAGUUGUCUUCAUCAUACAAGGCAUCAGUCUGCCGCUGGGAGAACACCUUGUAAAUUUAACAGCAAGAUGUCUCACGCCCCUUACAACAGCCAGUGCAGCAGAAACUACAACAAUUAGUUCAACAGAUGACUACGUCACAGAGACUGUGAUGUUUCCAAUAGAAGAGUCCAUAUACCUUACAGUAUACAACGAAGAGCCAAUCACAGGUCUCCGCCUGGACCAUAGCAACAGCUUUUACGAUGUGGUGAACGACACAACAAAAUUAACUGCCAGCGUAGCUACAGGGAGAGCGCUGACAGUACAGUGGGUCUUUGAUGACCAAGUCUACGUACAACAGGUACCUGACAAUGUCAGUUCGUUGGACUUCACGUACCCAAACGUCUGGAAAAAUACAGGUACAUUCACUGUGUACCUAAAUGUAUCCAACAGAGUCAGCACCAGCAACGCACAAGCAAACGUCACUGUGUUUCACCGAAUUAACGGUUUUAAUCUUUUCACCUCCGACACCAUUUUGCAGACCCUUGAAGAGCUAGUCCUGACUCUCACCAUGGCCUCGGAUACGAAGGAGCCCAUGGGCAAUGUUACAUUUAAUGUGACGUGGGGAGAUGGCGCAACAGAGUUUGAUAUCCUCAACAUCAAUGCAGGUCAUAGCCUCAUCGUCAGACACACGUACGAAGUACAGGGUGACAAGACCGGUAGCCUAGAGCUGGUCUCACCAUUAGAUAACAAGGCUUUCAUCUUUGCAGUAAAGGUAUGGAACAAGUUAAAUGUAACACUGAACAUAUCGCCAGCAGCUGCUAAGCCACGUGACAACUUUACCCUGACCUUUGUCAACCCACCAAAUGUAGGUUUUCAAUACAUAAUAAACUGCAGUGGUAGGCAUUUAUUCAGCAACAACCAGUCAGCGCUGUAUGCAAACUUUUCUCCUCCCGUCCCUCCCUACACCGUCUCCUUCGAAAAUGUAGGAGAAUACGUCAUCAGCUUUUACGCCUUUAACCCUCUUUACUCAGUCAACACAAGCUACACUGUCUAUGUGGAAAUUCCACUCACAGGACUGCAACUGACCCAUGGCAACAGAUUUUACGACAAAGUGAACGACACCACCAAAUUAACGGCCACGUUUGCUACAGGGACUGCGCUGACUGCACAGUGGAUCUUUGACGACAAAGUCUACGUACAACAGGUUAGCUUUCUUGAUACAGCUUUCUAA